AGUCACCAUGGUGGCAUACAACAGAGCACAGCGGCGGCGGACCUAUCUUCACUUUUAGACCCAGUAAAAAUGUUAAUACAAUGAAUAUUCUCAGUGAGUGUCCUCGGCUCUCCCUCUCACAAUGGACGCCGGGUUGUUGUUGACGGGGUAAGCGUUAGUCGUUAGCUCACUUUUUUUGUUUGGUGGCUCCUACAUGGGUUUUCUUUCCGUCGCUAGCAGAAUGCUGAAGAGACAAGGAAUGGCUUUGAUGAACGCUGCCUUGAAUAAAGGGACAUUUUUCACAUUAAGAAAAUAACUCCAAGAGACAGUUCGAGCCGCGCUUUUAAAGGGAGUUUCCUCCCGGUGGGACUGGUGUUGGCAGCCGGUUUCGGCUCGGUGCAACAGAGAGACAGACACCCCGAGGAGACUGCUCGGCUGUGUGGCUCCAGUUGUGGCCUGGCUCCGGGGCACUCCCAGCUUAUCCGCUAGCAUCGGAGCACAGGCGACAAGAAUAAAGCAAGACAGCAAGGGGACUUCUCUUGUUUAUAUCCGUGGCGCUGGGCAUCUGGAAACCUCGUAUUAGGAUAAGAAAUUGAAUAUCCUCCAGACGGCGUCUUCCAAAACAAUGGCGUCUUAUGUGGAUAACAGCUUUCGGCAGGCUGUGAUGAUGAAUCCGGCUGAAAGGACGCAACAGGACCUGGAGAUUGUCUACUCUUAUCUCCACGGGAUGGAGGCCUUGUCCAACCUGCGAGAGCACCAGCUAAGGAUAAUGUGUGAGACGGUGCGUUACGAGAGACAUGAGGCCAAUGAAGUGCUAUACUAUCCUGAUGACAUUGGAAGCUGCUGGUACAUCCUGUUGUCUGGCUCUGUUUUCAUCAAGGAAUCCAUGUUUCUGCCCAGAAGCAGCUUUGGGAAGCGAUCAGCAGGCAGCCUGCGACGCGGAUGUGAGUGCAUCGUCCUGGAACCCUCAGAGAUGAUUGUGGUGGACUAUAUGGAUGAAAAUGAGGAGUACUUUCAGCGGCAAGCCUCGCACAGACAGUCCCGUCGGCGCUUUCGGAAGAUCAACCAGAAAGGGGAGAGGCAGACAAUCAUCGACACCGUGGAUCCGUACCCCACCGGAAAGCCGCCCAUAGCCCGGGGGUACCACACGCUCCCCGCAGACUUCAGCAGACUUCACCUGGCCGACGGCUUGCACCCACAGGUGACCCACGUCUCCUCCAGCCACUCAGGAUGUAGUAUCACCAGCGACUCUGGAAGCAGCAGCCUGUCAGACAUUUACCAGGCCACAGAAAACGAACCCGGUGACAUGGACCUGAGUGGCUUGCCUGAGACCGCCGUCGACUCGGAGGAGGACGACGAUGAGGAGGACAUCGAGCGAGCGUCGGACCCCCUCAUGAGCCGGGACAUCGUGCGGGACUGCUUGGAGAAGGACCCCAUGGACAGAACCGACGAUGACAUAGAGCAAUUACUGGAGUUCAUGCAUCAGCUGCCAGCAUUUGCCAACAUGACCAUGUCAGUGAGGAGGGAACUCUGCGCCGUCAUGGUUUUCGCUGUGGUCGAACGUGCCGGCACCAUCGUUCUCAAUGAUGGAGAGGAGCUGGACUCGUGGUCGGUGAUCCUGAACGGUUCAGUGGAGGUGACGUACCCCGAAAGCCGGACAGAGAUCCUGUGCAUGGGGAACAGUUUUGGGGUGUCACCAACCAUGGAGAAGGAAUACAUGAAGGGCGUCAUGAAGACCAAGGUGGAUGACUGCCAGUUUGUGUGUAUAGCCCAGCAGGACUACUGCUGCAUCCUCAACCAAGUAGAAAAGAACAUGCAGAAGGUGGAGGAGGAAGGGGAGAUUGUUAUGGUGAAGGAACACCGCGAACUGGACCGCACUGGCACCAGGAAAGGACACAUCGUCAUCAAGGGCACACCGGAGCGUCUCACCAUGCACCUGGUGGAGGAACACUCAGUGGUGGACCCCACCUACAUCGAGGACUUCCUGUUGACCUACAGGACCUUCCUCUCCAGCCCCAUGGUCGUGGGCAAGAAGCUCCUGGAGUGGUUCCACGACCCCAGUCUCAGGGACAAGGUUACACGGGUAGUCUUGCUGUGGGUAAACAAUCAUUUCAAUGACUUUGAGGGUGACCCUGCCAUGACUCACUUUCUGGAAGAGUUUGAAAACAAUCUGGAGAAAGAAAAAAUGUGUGGGCACCUAAGACUGUUAAAUAUAGCGUGCGCUGCUAAAGCCAAGCCGCGGCUGGUGACACUAACCAAGCCGUCCAGGGACUCUCCUCUGGCCUUCAGCCUACUCGGAGGACAGGAGAAAGGGUUCCGCAUCUUCAUUGAUGCUGUGGAGCCUGGGAGCAAGGCAGCAGAAGUUGGCCUUAAGCGUGGAGAUCAGAUCUUGGAGGUCAAUGGGCAGAACUUUGAGAAUGUCCAGCUCAACAAAGCCAAUGAGAUUCUGAAGAACAACACCCACUUGUCCAUAACUGUGAAAACAAACCUUUUAGUGUUUAAAGAGUUGCUAACCAGGCCAGAACACGACCACGAUCUGGAUGGUGAGGAGGAACAUGACAGAAAGAACGGUGCACCCCACCUUCCAAAGAUCGGGGACAUCAAGAAGGCCAGCCGCUAUUCCAUUCCUGACCUGGCAGUGGACGUGGAGCAGGUGAUGGGCCUGGAGAAGGUCAGCAAGAAAGCAAAGACCAACACGGUGGGAGGACGCAACAAGCUGAAGAAGAUCUUCGACAAGACACUCACCAGCAUCCUGCCUCCUAAACCAUACAAUGACGUUUGCGUGGGCCAAUCGCAGGACGACAGCAUUGUGGGGAUGAAGCAGUCCAAACAGAUCCCACCACCUCUGCCCGUUAGUGGAAACCUGUCGUCCUCAAACCCAGACCUUUUGCAGUCUCACCAUCGCAUCCUCGACUUCAACAACCAGCCUGAUAUGUCGGACCAGGUAUUACGAGUCUUCAAGGCAGACCAGCAGUCUCGAUACAUCAUGAUCGGGAAGGACACAACGGCUAAGGAGGUGGUGGCCCAGGCUAUCAGGGAGUUUGCCCUGACUGCAGCAGCAGACGCUUAUUCGCUGUGUGAAGUAUCCGUCACACCAGAGGGCGUCAUUAAACAGAGGCGGCUACCAGACCAGCUGUCUAAACUAGCCGACAGGAUUCAACUGAGUGGCAGAUACUACCUAAAGAGCAACAUGGAGACGGAGACGUUAUGUUCCGACGAGGACGCUCAGGACCUCCUGCGAGAAGGCCAGAUCUCUUUGUUACAGCUCAGCACAGUGGAGGUUGCCACUCAGCUCUCCAUGAGGGCCUUUGAACUGUUCUGUGCCAUCGAGCCCACUGAAUACAUCGAUGACUUGUACAAGCUGCGCUCCAAGACAGGCUCGGCCAGCCUGAAACGCUUUGAGGAGGCCAUCAACCACGAGACCUUCUGGGUGGCCACAGAGGUGACCCGGGAGCCGAACCAGCUGAAGCGCAUGAAGACCAUCAAGCACUUCAUCAAGAUUGCCCUGCAUUGCCGCGAGUGCAAGAACUUCAACUCCAUGUUCGCCAUCAUCAGUGGUCUGAACCUGGCUCCAGUCUCCAGGCUGAGGGGAACAUGGGAGAAGCUACCUAGCAAGUACGAGAAGCUGUUCGGGGACCUGCAGGACCUCUUCGACCCAUCAAGAAAUAUGGCCAAGUACAGGAAUGUCCUCAACAAUCAGAACCUCCAGCCACCGAUCAUUCCCCUGUUCCCUGUCAUCAAGAAGGACCUCACCUUCCUACACGAAGGCAAUGACUCUAAAGUGGAUGGUCUGGUGAACUUUGAGAAAUUGAGGAUGAUUGCCAAAGAAAUUCGCCAUGUUGGACGCAUGGCCUCCGUCAACAUGGACCCAGCUCUCAUGUUCCGGACCAGGAAGAAGAAAUGGAGAAGUUUAGGGUCCUUAAGCCAGGGUAGCGCCAAUGCGGCAGUGCUCGACGUCACCCAGACAGGGGGGCACAAGAAGCGGGUGCGACGCAGCUCCUUCCUGAACGCCAAGAAGCUUUACGAAGACGCCCAGAUGGCCAGGAAGGUCAAACAGUACCUGUCCAACCUGAGCCUGGAAACCAACGAGGAGAGCCUGCAGACGCUCUCGAUGCAGUGUGAACCCUCCAUCAGUACAUUGCCCAAGAAUGCCAGUGGAAAACGACCAGACACCUCCCCAGUUGUGUCCAGAGCUGCCAGCCAACAGAGGGGCCAGUUGGCCAAAGGAAACCAGGCCCUCCAGGUCCCCGCCGUGGCCCUUUACCCAUCCCGAAAGAAAGUGCCAGUCAAGGAUCUGCCGCCUUUUGGCACCAGUUCCCCUCAGUCUCUGAAGAAGAUCCUGUCUCUGUCAGAGGAGGGGAACGAAAGGCACCGGAGGCAGCCAGAGGACACUGUGUCCAACGCCUCCUCCCAGCUCUCCUCCCCUCCCACCUCCCCCCAGAGCUCACCCAAGAAGGGUUACAACAGGACGGGAGACGCCUACUCAGACUCCGGUCACAGUGAGAUCUCCUCUCGCUCCAGCCUCGUCAGUAACUCCUCUUUCGACAUGGCCCAGGAGGAGAGGAGACUCCGUCACUCUGGAGGAAUUGGGGAAUCGCACAUUGGGGGGCCGCGGCUGGAACGAAGAGCUACCACCGACCCCGACCAGUACAGCCUCGGUUCAUAUUCAUCGAUGCAGGACUGUCGGGGCAUUUACACCGGCUGCCCUACAGUGCUCUCCUCCCCCAGUUCAGAGGAGCUGACUCAGGAUCAGGGCGACCGCGUGUCCCUCGACGCAGCAGACAGCGGCCGCGGCUCCUGGACUUCCUGCUCCUCUGGUUCCCACGACAACAUCCAGACCAUGCAACAGGGGCGUAGCUGGGAGACUCUGGCCUUUGGUGCAGGUGGACUUGGAGGUGGCAUCGGUGGACUCCCUCCCGGCGGACCGGAGGCCUUAUUAGGGGGGCCUGCCGCACUGUGGGCAGCCCAGGCCAGGGGGAGCUGGGCGUCCGCCAGCUCCUCCUCAUCCUCAGCUGCGUACUGGGGAGAGGACUCUGAGGGAGAUACUGGCACCAUUAAGAGGAGAGGGGGGAAGGACGUCAAUGCCGACCCAGAAACAAGUAGCAUCACAUCCACCGGGUCAGAGGAGGCCAAGCAGCUGAGCCGGCCCUCCCCGUCACCCAUCACCGCUGGGGGUAAAGGCCUCAUUACACGGAAAGAAAGCCGUUACCGUGAGCCUCCCCCGACUCCCCCCGGCUACACUGCCCUGACCAUCUCCGACCUCGCCGAAGGGCAGCACCCGGCCCCGUCUGUCCCCACGUCCACAGCUACCCACACAGGCCGCCGGCCACCAGACUACACCACGGCCCUGCAGCGCUCACGCAUGGUCACGCAGUCGCCCGACUCCCACCAGGCCCACCAGGGGGCCAAACAGCGGGCGGGCGGCCUCCACCGCACACGCUCACCGGCCGAGGAGCAAGAGGCUGAGGAGGAAGAGGAGGGUGAGUCCUUGUCUUCCAAACUAAUCGCUCUGAGGAAGCCAAAGCCAGUGGCACAGCAUACACCUGAGACUCCCAGACCAUGAGAGUGAGUGUACGGGGGUUAACAGGCAGGGCCCCUCUCCCCAAGGCAGAGGAUGAACAGGUGUCAGCAGUCUGAGGGACAACAGUGGACGUCCUUUUGCAGUAACUUGAAGUCCCCCUGGUUUUGGGGUGGGCAGGAUUAAAGAGACUGACAGAUAGACAGACCAAUGGACUCAUCAUCAGUUACGUACGUGCCUGCCUCCUCCACUCGGCUCUCCCUCCUGAUCAGUGGAUUCCUCUGCUCGUCUCCCUCCCCUGCCUUAAAGCAUCAUAGGGGGUUGAAUGACCCUGCAUGCAAAAAAAUACUGUGAAGAAGAGAUGGAGAGGUCAAAGACGAUGAUAAAAUGCCUGGCACUUUUGGAAAAAGACUACAGAAACCUAACCGGUGCCGGGGAGGGGUCGACCUGGCCGCAUAUACACAAAACCACAUAGAUCUUGCUGUUAGAAAUGGGAGCGGGUUCCUUAAGACCGGCCCCCACCCAGUGACAACCCCAAACCCACCUGUUAACACAACAGCAUCAUGACGUGUUGAACUUCAUCUGCACUUUCUCAUUUUCUACUUUCGAAAAAACACCCAGAACAAAUAAAAACAAGAAAACAGACUAUCGUUUGAAGACGGAGGGAAACAACGGUUGACUUGACUCUCAACUUUUCAACUUCCCACUAGAUUUCUUUCUUUCUUUUUUUUUUUUUGUCUUUGACUGAUUGCACUCUGGGGGCCGAAAAGAGAAACCAAGUCAGCCGAUUUUUCUGCCUGGACUGAAACAACAAUCUGUUGUCGAGUGUUUGAACUCUAAAUCCAGUAUUAUCUCGUGUCACAUGUGAAAGCUUAUCAAGUGUUGGUUCAAAUCAAAGCUAGGAGGAGAGCCCGGUAGGGAGAACCCACAUGCACAGUGUACUGACACACCUACACACACACACACACACACACACACACACACUACAUACACA